AUGGAGGUUCAUGAGGGUCGAACAGAGGCUCUCGAGGGUCAUAUUAAUUGCGUGAACAUGAGAGAGAGGCACGAGCGGCUCACAGAUCAAGUUCACUCCUACAGGCUGCGAACUGACAAGCUGAUCAACUUCUCCUUCGUCCUCGGUAGCGGGAUUGCUGACUCCUGUAUCUUCAUUAUUGAUGGCGGUGAUCUGUGGGAUGAGGGCACUAUGACUGGGUCCAACAAUCUGGCGAAUGCUGCUGAACUGCCUUCAACCUCCAGGAGGGCGGCGCCAGUGGUACCCUCUACGAACAUACGGAGUCUGCGUGAAUUAGAUGACGUGGGCCAGAAGUUUGAAGGAGAAGUGCCGCGGCAGACGGGUCAGGCCACGCCUAUCUAUGCGUCCAUUGGCAAACAUUCGUCGCCCGCGAGGACACGUGAGGCCGUAAGACCUUUGCGAGCGUCUGUUGCAACAGAUUUGACGUGUCGGACGUCUCUCGCCGGGCAGAAGGAUGUUGUCAGGGUAGUUUUCAAGGAUACACCCACGAUGGGCUUAGAAUGGAGGGUAGUGUCUUCCAUGGGAAGUUUCCCCCUCUACUGCCAACAAGUCUUACAAAUGUUCCCACACAGCUUGAGGCAACCGGGUGUUCUCGGUCACUACAUUCAACUAACUGAGACCAGGAAAGCGUGGGGUAACAAAUGGACCGUCACUACACUAAAAAGCGGUCGUCGUAACCUUCACCAGGUACACGAGCAUACCGAGCUUCCUUCAACAUUACGGGUGCGUGGAAGGCCGUGGGGAUUUAGGCUGCUAGUAGGAUGGGGAUGGGUGCGAAUGGUUACUGUUCCGAUCAUAGAGAUGGUCCCUCCUGAGAGUGUGCUGAGGGAUCACGAGAAUGAUGCAGAUGGUCACGCAAUGGCACAGAAGCCUCGCGAGGGUGAAGCAGAGGCCCACGUAACGGCACAGAAGGCUCUCGAGAAUGAUGCAGAUGGUCUCGCGAUGGCACAGAAGGUGCACCGAGGAUGA